CCUUCCCGGCAUGCUGCGGCGGGGUCGCCAGGCGCUCCGGCGCUUCUCCACUGGCCAGGUUUGUUUCAAAAACAAGCUCAAAUUGGCUCUUAUUGGUCAGAGCCUCUUUGGACAAGAAGUCUACAGCCACCUCCGCAAGGAGGGCCACCGAGUAGUAGGAGUGUUCACAGUUCCAGACAGGGAUGGGAAAGCUGACCCACUGGCUUUGGCUGCAGAAAAAGAUGGGACCCCUGUGUUCAAGUUCCCGAGAUGGAGAGUCAAGGGCAAGACGAUACAGGAGGUGGCGGAGGCGUACAGGUCCGUGGAUGCCGAGCUCAACGUGCUUCCCUUCUGCACACAGUUCAUCCCCAUGGACGUCAUUGACAGCCCCAAGCACGGCUCCAUCAUCUAUCACCCGUCUCUCCUUCCCAGGCACAGAGGAGCCUCUGCUAUCAACUGGACUCUAAUUAUGGGGGAUAAGAAAGCUGGCUUUUCUGUUUUCUGGGCCGAUGACGGUUUGGAUACAGGACCUCUCCUUCUUCAGAGGUCAUGUGAUGUUGAACCCAAUGAUACAGUGGAUACACUUUAUAAUCGAUUCCUUUUUCCUGAAGGAAUCAAGGCCAUGGUAGAAGCUGUCCAACUCAUAGCCAACGGAAAAGCACCCCGUAUCCCCCAAACAGAAGAAGGAGCAACGUAUGAAGGUAUCCAGAAAAAGGAAAAUGCCGAGAUUUCUUGGGACCAGCCUGCACAAGUUUUACACAAUUGGAUCCGAGGCCAUGAUAAAAUUCCUGGAGCUUGGACAGAGAUCAACAGACAGGUGGUCACUUUCUAUGGUUCAUCGUUGCUGGGUAGCUCCGUGCCUCCUGGAGAACCUCUGGAAAUUAAAGGUGCCAAGAAGUCUGGGCUCGUUACCAAAAACGGACUUGUUCUUUUUGGUAAUGAUGGAAAAGCACUGAUGGUGAGAAAUCUACAGUUUGAAGAUGGAAGAAUGAUUCCUGCCUCCCAAUACUUCUCCACCAGUGAGACAUCAGUGGUAGAACUUACACCUGAAGAGAUGAAGUUGGCUGAGACCAUCAAGGCCAUCUGGGCUGGGAUCUUAAGCAACAUUCCUGUUAUUGAAGACUCAACAGACUUCUUUAAAUCUGGAGGAGGAUCAAUGGAUGUUGCCAGGUUGGUUGAAGAGAUCAGACAGAAAUGUGGUGGACUUCGGUUACAGAGUGAAGAUGUUUACAUGGCCAGCAACUUCAGAGACUUCAUCCAAAAGGUGGUGAGGAAACUGCGAGGCGAGGACCAAGAAGCAGAAUUGGUGGUUGAUUAUGUGUCCAAGGAGGUCAAUGAAAUGACAGUAAAGAUGCCGUAUCAGUGCUUCAUAAAUGGAGAGUUCACAGAUGCUGAGGAUGGAAAGACUUACGACACCAUCAACCCAGCGGACGGAUCUACGAUCUGCAAAGUAUCCUAUGCUUCUUUGGCGGAUGUUGACAAAGCAGUAGCAGCAGCAAAAGAUGCUUUUGAGAAUGGUGAAUGGGGGCGAAUGAAUGCAAGAGAAAGAGGAAGACUCAUGUACAGACUUGCAGACCUGUUGGAAGAGAACCAAGAAGAACUGGCCACUAUUGAAGCCCUUGAUUCAGGGGCUGUCUACACUUUGGCUCUGAAGACUCAUAUUGGCAUGUCUGUGCAAACAUUCAGAUAUUUUGCUGGCUGGUGUGACAAAAUUCAGGGUUCUACAAUUCCAAUUAACCAAGCCCGUCCAAAUCGCAACCUGACCUUCACCAAGAAGGAGCCACUCGGGGUCUGUGCCAUCAUCAUCCCCUGGAAUUACCCGCUCAUGAUGCUGGCCUGGAAGAGUGCUGCGUGUCUGGCAGCAGGCAACACCUUAGUGCUCAAGCCAGCGCAGGUUACGCCCUUGACCGCUUUGAAGUUUGCGGAGCUCUCCGUCAAAGCUGGCUUCCCAAAAGGGGUAAUCAACAUAAUUCCAGGCUCAGGGGGUAUAGCAGGACAACGCCUUUCAGACCAUCCAGAUAUCCGCAAGCUCGGUUUCACUGGUUCUACAGCAAUUGGCAAACAGAUCAUGAAGAGCUGUGCUGUGAGCAACUUGAAGAAAGUUUCUUUGGAGCUUGGUGGCAAAUCCCCACUGAUCAUUUUCAAUGACUGUGAACUUGACAAGGCAGUGCGAAUGGGCAUGGGAGCAGUAUUUUUCAAUAAAGGAGAAAACUGUAUUGCAGCUGGGAGGUUGUUUGUGGAAGAAUCCAUCCAUGAUGAGUUUGUGACAAGAGUGGUAGAAGAGAUUAAAAAGAUGAAAAUCGGUGAUCCACUUGACAGAUCUACUGACCAUGGGCCCCAAAAUCACAAGGCUCACCUGGAAAAGCUUCUGCAGUACUGUGAAGCUGGACAGAAGGAGGGGGCCACCUUGGUAUAUGGGGGAAGGCAAGUCCAAAGGCCAGGCUUUUUUAUGGAACCGACAGUGUUCACGGAUGUGGAAGACCACAUGUACCUGGCCAAAGAGGAAUCCUUUGGGCCUAUCAUGGUCAUUUCUAAAUUCCAAAAUGGGGACAUCGAGGGAGUGUUGCAGCGAGCAAAUAAUACGGAGUACGGCCUGGCCUCAGGGGUUUUCACCAGAGACAUAAAUAAAGCUAUGUAUGUGAGUGAGAGACUAGAAGCAGGAACGGUUUUUAUUAACACUUACAACAAGACGGACGUGGCGGCCCCGUUUGGUGGAGUCAAACAAUCUGGUUUUGGAAAAGACUUGGGUGAGGAAGCUCUAAACGAAUAUCUGAAAACCAAGACGGUGACGCUGGAGUAUUAG